GACCGCCCCCCCUCCCUGGAAGAGCUGAGUCCUGAUCCGGGCUCGGGGCGGGAGAGCUGGACCGGUCCCUCUGAGUCCUCCAGGCUCUGUAGGGGGGGGCCCGUCAGCUCACCUGCAGCAGAACCUUCAGAACCGGUCCCUCCUCAAACACCAGACCCCGCCCCAUCAUUCUCUGUAGAACCCGAACCUCCAGAGAAACCCGGUUCUCCUCCAACAGAGGAGCCCUCCUCCGUCCCGUGUGGAGGUCCGAGUCCUGACGGGGGGGCGAGAACCCAUGGGGGAGGAGCCCCACCGAGCUCCGCCCCUAAACACCUGCUGCAGCCCCGAGUGUCUCUGUUCAGACUUCCUCUCAGCUGGUCCGGACCGGGCCAGCCUCUCCCCCGGUUCCGGCUGACCCUCGGAGACGCUGAGGACGAGAUCUACAUGCAGGAGAUCGCUCAGAGCCCGCGGGACUUCCCCGGCAGCCCUUUCCCCGACCACAGCUCCUGGUACCGCCAGAACUCGGACUCCGUCAGAGACUUCACCGAGCCGCUGUCGCUGGAGAUCCUCUCCUGCUCCUCCUGCGGCGCCUCCGACGCCUCCAAGAUCUGCGUCUCCUGCGGCCGAGGAUACCACCAGGACUGCCACGUUCCUCCGGUCGGGCCGGACAUCUGGUCGGAGUGGAUCUGCUCGCUGUGCCAGGACCUGUCGGACCCCUCUGACCCGUUCAGCUCGGACCGGCCCGCCGGGCCUCAGACGUCUGGACUCGGCCUGCUGGAUCAGAGGAAGUGUGAGACUCUGGUGCUGCAUCUGCUGGUGGAGAGCUGCGCUCGCCUGUCCCAGUCUGGUUUUCUGUUGGACCUGACCCGGAUCUCGGAGCGGCUGACCUGCCGGGCCCUUCCAGGCUUCCAGAGGGUGGAGGACCUGGUCUCUGAGCUGUGGACUCUGAUGGAGGACUCUUCUCAGGACGAUCCCUUAAACGAUCUCCGAGAGAGUUUCCACAGAAAGAUGAAGGACAUGUUCGGAUCAGAACUUCCUCUUUUGCUCCGGAGAGCUUCAAACACGCCGCCUGGUGGUGGGGGGGGCAGCUCACCGACGCGCGGCGCUCCAGGUCCGAAAGAGGUCGACGCCGAGACGGUGAAGGUCAGAGGGGAGGCGGAGCGGACGGGAAGGAGGUCCAAACUGGAGGUUCUGAGGAGGAGGCUGAGGGACUUCCUGGACACGAAGCAGCUUCCUCCAGGAAAGAGGAUGAAGACGGACUAGACGGGGACGGGGGCGGGGGGUCACUCUGACUCCACCUGAUCACAUCCAUCCAGUCGAUCCAUUUCUGUUCAGAUCAAUUAUCCUCAAUGACACAAACAGAAUUACCCCUUUGUUCCAGUCAGCUCUGAGAGAUGCACUCUGGGAAAUGUAGUGUUGGUGUGUCCUGCUGGAUCAGGACCUGUGGAACUUCUCUGAUCACAUUCAGAGGUUCCUCUGGUGACAAACUUACUGAUGAAUUUUCUUGAUUUUGUCAUAAAAAUUCUUUAAAGAAAACAUUUUUUUUUCUGAAGUUACAGCAAAAAGUUCAGAAACUUCAAAGAGUCAAAGUUAACAGCCUCAAAGAAACCAGAACGUUUGGGAAACUUCUUCACUUAUUGUUUCUAUUUAUAUACUAAGAAGAUGUUUAUUUCUGUUUUGUUGAAUAGAAAAUAUGAAGGGAAAGAAUAAAAUGUUUUGUUAAGAAA